AUGGAUUCUUUCGUGGGCAGCUAUGUCGAAAUCUGCAGCGACGAAGAUGGGUUUCUGGGUUCAUACUAUGCAGCCAAGGUCAUCUCCAGAGUGGGAAAAUCAAAGUUCAUGGUAGAGUACUCAACAUUGCUAUCUGAUAACCAGAAAGGGCCAUUGAAGGAGGUGAUUGCAGCUUCGAAUGUGAGGCCUGUGCCUCCACAGAUUAGGGUUUUGAGCUUCAAUGUGCUGGACAAGGUGGAUGCGUAUGAUCUAGAUGGGUGGUGGGUUGGGAGAGUUACUGGGAGGAAAAGUGAUGGAAAGUACAGUGUGUACUUUGAUUGUUCAGGGGAUGAGUUUGAUUACCCAGUCUCUGCUUUGAGGCUUCAUCAGGAGUUUGAGAAUGGCCAAUGGGUGCUUUCUCAGCACAAGAUGGCUUUAGAUCCGAGGAUCAUCAACAACAACACAACUAUACACCAGAGAAAUGAAGAGGCGGUAGUGGAAUGGCAGAGGCGGUCGUGGAGCAACGAUGAGAGAGGGAGGGGAGAGGAGCUACGAUCGACUCUCGUCGUCAAAUGGCGGAGGCGAUGGUGGAGCAGCGAGUGA